CAGAGGAACAUGUUGAAUGAUAUUCAACUCAAUUUUUUCCAACUUAAUAUUUUUCAACUAUUCAUUUUUACGGAAUUAAUAUAUUUUUCUAAAUAUUUCAGUUUACAUUUAUGAAAACAAAAUAUCUAGGUAUAUUCAAUUUACAAAAAUAUGUAGAUUUAUUAGAUUUAAAUAUACCUCUCUCUAUAUCUUUAUUAGUUUUUCCUUUACUAUAUAACAAACUAGAUAUUUUUGUCAAUCCUUUAUUACAAACUUGGUAGUAAUCUUAUUUAUUUGAUUUUUCCUAAUACAUUUUUUUAUCAUCUAAUAAACGAGAUCUGCGUCGACACAUAAUUGGAUUCAACAAUCCAUAUUAAUUUUAUCACUACGUAUAUAUUACAUUUCUAUCAACAUUGAGCAUCCCUUAAAUCACAUAAGAAACAAAGACAGAGAGAAAUUGGAGAUCAAAGUUAUGGAGAAUGAGAGAGAAAAUCUUAUUUACUUGGCUAAGCUCGCCUGCCUAGCUGGAAGAUAUGAUGAUAUGAUGAAAUCGAUGAGAAAAGUAUGUGAGCAUGAUAUAGAGCUAAGUGAAGAGGAAAGAGACCUACUAACAACUGGGUACAAGAAUGUCAUGGAGACUAAGAGAGCUUCAUUGAGAGUAAUAUCAUCUAUUGAAAAAUUGGAAGACUCGAAAGGAAACGACCAAAAUGUUAAAUUGAUAAAAGGACAACAAGAAAUGGUUAAAUAUGAGUUUUUCGAUGUUUGUAAUGACAUUUUGUCUCUCAUUGAUUCUCAUCUCAUACCAUCAACUACUAAUGUCGAAUCAACUGUCUUUUUUAUCAGAAUGAAAGGAGAUUAUUUUCGAUAUAUGGCAGAGUUUGGUUCUGAUGCUGAACGUAAAGAAAAUGCGGAUAGUUCUCUGGAAGCAUAUAAGGUUGCAAUGGAAAUGGCAGAGAAUAGUUUAGCACCCACCAAUAUGGUUAGACUUGGAUUGGCUUUAAACUUCUCGAUAUUCAAUUAUGAGAUCCUUAAAUCUAUUGAAAGCGCAUGCAAAUUGGUCAAGAAAGCUUACGAUGAAGCAAUCGCUGAACUCGAUGGCCUUGACAAGAAAAAAUGUGAAGAGAGCAUAUACAUCAUAGAGAUGCUUAAAUACAAUCUUUCUGCAUGGACUUUAGGCGAUGGUAAUGGUAAUAUACGUUUAGUUCGCAGUGAAAGGUUCUUAAACUUUUUCUUUCAUGACCUAUUUUUUAUACUAAUUAAAAUUGUAAUUUUGCAGAACUGGAUCUUGAAAUCCCGAAAAACAAGACAGACGAUUAGAACAUGUCUUUUGAGACGAUGAAGAUAAAUCAUUGGUCGUGCUGAUAAGGUUUGAUUGUUUACAGAACUCAAUUAGUCUUCUUGUUGACUACUAGCUAGAAACGCAAAUAUAUACUACUGUAGUACUAUGUAUUUAAACACUCGGCUUUGUGCUUUGGUUUGAGUUGGGUCACAAUGUGUGAAUGAUAGAUUGUUAAAUUUGUUUUUAUAUAAUUUCUAAUAAAC